CCCAAGUCCAAGCGACGUGCAGCCAAUUGCAACAUAUGUGGCAACAAGAUAAAGUCUCUGACGCAUCCAAAGAGUUUGCCCACUGGUCGCUUUGGACACUGCCGCAAGCCAUAUCGUUUGGUUACUUGCAAACAUAAGUGUCCUGAGCUAGAACCAACUGCGCCGUCACCACCGCGCUCUCAGUCGACUACGCCACCACCUCAAGCAACAGCAUCAUUAGCGCAGUCGCCGGAGGACUGCAAUGAUGAGGAUAUACCCAAUCUGGUGGCCUUUGCCCAUGAGGUAUUCAAUCGUCCGCUGCAUCUGCGCCAGCGCCAGACCAGCUUCUAUGACAAUCUCUUUGUCAGCGACUUUAUUCCACUAGACACGCCCAUAACCGAUGGCAGCGGUGGCGCCAUCUCUAAGCGCCGCCGUCUUUUUGGGCGUCCACUACGCACGCACUGCAGCCGCCCGUUGCCGCCACUCUCCCAGGUGCUGGCGCUCAUAAAAGAAAAACAACAGGUGCGCGCCAAGGGAGGUGGCCUAGCGCCCAAGCAACCGGAUGAGAGUGUCAGCAAUGCCUGCAGCCAGUUUGCGCCUUUCGAUCAGUACGACGGGCCCUCGGAGGAUGCGCUGGUGGUAGAGGAGGCACGUCAGACAUUGCGUCAGCCACACGCCUUGCAUAUCAAACACCGCCCAGAUUUGCCGUCUACGCGACUGCCCAGCUUUGAAUCCGAGCCAGGCAGCGACUGCUCUUCGUUGUCCGCUUGUGAUGCGCACGCUGCGGCUGCGCCGGCAGACCGUAAGCAUACAGUGGGCGCGCCGGCGCACUUGCAUGAAAUGAUGAAGGCUGUAACCCAGUCGGGACUUUCAGAUAGCAUUGCCAGCAGCAGCAAUAGUACCACUAGUAGCACCACCAGCAGCAGCCACAAAAGCGCCAGCUCAACACUGCCGCUGCGCAGUCGCGGCGGUGAAGAGAUAGCUUUUACGGAAGAUGAGCACGAGCUAGAGGAAAUCGAAGCAACUACGGUGGAGCCAUCCAGUGUAUAUCCAAAUAUGCCCAUUUCCAUAAUGGAGAAAAUAUUUUGGCUCGUGGAUCAAAAGCAGCAGCAGUUGCCCAUAAUGGAAAACAAAAGCUUGCUGCAGUUCAUACAAGAGCUGAGUGUUCCAGACGAUGAAGCGCAGACGGCGCUCAUACAUGAGGUGGAACAGCAACUGGCCGCUGGCGAAGCACAAACAAAUGACAUGUCAAACGAAUUGCCUUUAAAUUCUACAAAUAAAACUGCCGAUCAUGAAAAGUAUGACAAGGUCUUAAGCCAUGACUCCUCAGCAUUCACAUCCAGCGUCACACAAAUGUGGUCCACCAUCAGCAGUUUGUUCGUGCCCAGCGGCUGUGAGGAGGAAAAGCUGCCGCUAAAGAGCGACAAACCAUUAGGCGACGGCAGCAGUGAGAAGAGAAAAUGCAAAAGCAAUACAAACGAAAUAUGCCGCAUACUCUAGAUCACAAUGACAAUUCUUCCAAUGAAACUGUUGAAGUGCGUUACAAGAAUCCAGCAAUGGCCGUGCUGAGUGCUUGGGCGAGUGUCACCUUCUGGUUAAUCUAUUGGUCGGCAUUUACUAUUAUAUAUUUGGCUGGCACAGCUGUUAUAUUUGGAUUGACAUUUCCGAAGCAGGCCUGGAAAUUGCUGAACUUCAUGCUGAAUCAAUAUCAUAUAGAACGACAAUUUACCGAUGAGCUUUAGGAAAUUUAUAUUUUUUUAUGA